UGCAUCUGCACUUCUUUCAUCCUGAAUACAAGCUCACUUGGGGAUGGACUAUUUCCUGGUGAGGGGUGGGGGAGGAGCCUAGUCCCUUCCACACACACAAGUCAAGUCCUUCUAAUUGGUGUACUCCAGAUCUGAAACCGGUUCCAGUCUGAAUGUGGGACACAACUGAGAAAGGGCGCUCGCUUGCGCUUCCGGCCUCAAGGAUUUAAAUGUCUAGCAAAUUUCCUUGCAGAGAGCCCCAGGCCUGGCUAGGGUGAGCAUCAGCGCCUUGCCCAACAAAUAAGGAUGAUCCAGCGCCACCAGCUGGUGCAGUCUGUGCUUCAGGAGCUGCAGGAGGCUACGGAAUGCUUUGGGCUAGAUGGGCUCACCAGUGCAGCCCUGGAGGCUGAGAGGACGCUGUCCUCAUUCUCCUUGCCAAGCUACUGUGGGAGGCAGUUCCAGGAAGAGCUGGAAGUCGAUCCGGUAGCCAAAAGCCUCUAUCCGGAAGAUGCUCCCAGCAACAUGCUGCCUUUGGUUUGCAAAGGUGAAGGAAACCACUUGUUUGAGGCUGCCAGUGUACUCCUGUGGGGGAACACCAGCCUCAGCCUGGAGCUGCAGGUGCGCACAGCAGUGGAGAUGUUGCUCCACAAGCAGUACUACCUGAAUGGCAUGAUUGACUCCAAGGUGAUGCUGCAGGCUGCCCGCUACUCGCUUUGCACAGAAGAGUCCCCUGAGAUGACAAGCUUACCUCUGGCCAUCCUAGAGGCCAUUUUUGAUGCUGAUGUCAAAGCCACCUGCUUCCCUGGCACCUUUGCCAACAUGUGGCAUGUGUAUGCCCUGGCGUCAGUGCUGCAGUGCAAUAUUUAUUCCAUCUACCCAAUGAGCAACCUGAAGAUCCGGCCAUACUUCAACCGAUUGAUUCGACCCAGGAAGUGCGGUUCGCAGGUCUCCAUGCUCCACAUCAUGUGGUCGGGGCAGCAGGUCUCAUCCCAGGUUUUCAAAGCUCAAUACUUUGUGGCUGUUGUAGGCCUGGAAGAGCUGGAACCCACAAGCCCUCCUCCAGAGCCUCAGGUGCAGCCAGUGGAGACCCUGGAGCUGCUGAACAACGAUCCCCAGGUGACUUACUCUAACCUACGUGAGAAAUACAGCAUCACUAAAAGCACCUUCUAUCGCUGGAAGCGCCAGUCUCGAGAGCAUAGGCAGAAAGCAGCUACUAGGUUUGCAGCCAAACACUUCCUGCAGUCCUGCUUCCAAGAGGGGAACAUCAUCCCUCUCCAGAGCUUCCGACAAAUGUUCCCAGAAAUAUCUCGCUCCACUUAUUAUGCCUGGAAGCACGAGCUGCAAAGCACGACCAAUGGUGAGGCUCCUUCCCCUGCUGAAGUUGCAUCCUCAAAGGAACCUCACAUGUCCAAACCUGCAAAGUCUCAAAUGGGUAUAUCUGGGGCAGCACCAUUGGAGGGAGGUCUGGAUUCCAAAAGCCCUCUCUUGAAUUCCAGCCAAAAUGGGAUCUCAAUGCAGGGAGCCAAGUCUUACCUGGAGAAAUGCAUUUCCAUGAACACUCUUGUGCCUUACAGGAGCUUUAAGCGCAGCUUUCCUGGCAUCUCCAGGUCCACAUACUACAAUUGGAGAAGAAAGGCCAUCAAGGGGAACCCAAACUUCAAACUUCCCCAGUCUCUUCCUGUCAACCAGAAGCCCCUUGUGAACAACAAUCCAUACCUGCUCCUCAAGCCAGAAAACCUGCCUAACAGGAAGAUGCUGAAUGGACAUAAGCCAGGAGCCCAAAUUCUUCUGCACAUCAAGCCAUCUCUGUACAGCUGGCAGAAGCAGCUCCGCGACUUGGCCAAGAAGCGUGUCCGCCAGUGGCACAUGCCCUUCUGCAAGUUCCGCCUGCGCUAUCCAGGUGUCUCUUCCACCACCUAUUGGUUCUGGAGGAGGAGAGGCAUUCAGAAAAAAAAACCUCUGCCUUCUUCAAACAAGGGUUUCAUACACUUGCAAAAAGCCAUCUCAGAGUCUGGUAAGAAGACAGAGCUUGGAUUCCUUCCACUGCAGCAAAGGGAGAUGGCUCCGGUGCAUGUGGGCCAGCCAGUGCCUAAACCCAACAACGCCAGGAUCUCGAGCUAUCCGGUGUCGGAAAGUGUCAACAGCCGCAUGUUUGUGAUGGAUGUGAUCGCUACAGCUCAGUUCAAAGCCCAGGCCAAGCUAUUUCUUCAGCAACGGUUUGAAUCGAAGACCUUCCCAACGUAUAAAGAGUUCCGAUCUCGCUUCCCCUUAACAGCACGCUCCACUUAUUACAUGUGGAAACGUGCCUUGCAUGAUGGGCUGACCCUGGUGGAUGCCUAACACCAACUCAGGUUCCAUCCCAUUCCCUACCAGAGCUUGGGUUAUCUCCUCUACAAGCUGUAUUUGUUUUGAGCCCCCCUCCCGUUUUUAUACUUCAGAACCAGCUCUGCUGGUCUUGGAGCUGUGGACAGUGUGUGAAACAGGUAUAAUUUUUUUUUGUGCUAGGCAAGCAAGAUGCUUGUUCUUAAGGAGAAAGUUUUGUUUUGUUUGUUUUUUUCUUAGUGAAUAGGUCAGAAAAUUAAGGAUAGUAGUAAACAAUAGGGGUCCUGGGGUCUUUUUUUUUGAAGUGCUUCUGUAAUUUUUUUUGCUGAUUUAAAUGCUUUUCCUUUCUUAAUUUGACAUUGAGCCAUAACCUUCAGUCCUGUGAAGAGAGUUUAGGUGCUGUUGUGUACCACAUUGUUUGCAAGAUAGUUAAUGGCUUCUCUUUAAGUUAGUUCAUGGACAUAAGCCCUCGGCAUGCAGUUGCAACAUCUUGUAUACGAUGGUGUUGUGCAAGCAAGGAAAGCAUACCAGUCAAAUGAAGCUGAAUAUUAAAUUUACAGUGGCCUAGUUUGGAAAUGUGGGCUCUUCCUGAAAGCUGCAGUGAGUCUUUUUGGCAUGCAAGGGAAGAAUCUUCUUUGCAAUUGUGUUUCCACUUCAGAAAAGCUGUGGAAAGGUCUUCUGGGAGGGAAUGCUGACAGGAUAUAGGCUAGUUCAGGUUAGGGAACUUUUGUCUUUGAGACUGACAGAAGUGGUGGCAACUAAGACCAGUGUGAGGGGAUGGCACAGGCCCAUGUUGUGGUACAUCCAGGCUAUAUGAAAGGAGAACAGAGUUCAUAUAAUAAAGUUGCCAUUCUCACUAUUACGUAUCUAAUAUGUAAGCUUUUGUUCAGUGCUCCUUGCUCAGUCCCAUCCCAUAACCCAGAAAACAAUCCUCUUUCUUAAAUUACUCAACCCAUCUGGGUUCUGUAUCCACUGACAGCAGCCUGAAUGACCCAUAAAGUCACCAGUCAUGUGGGAUUAGCUGUGGGUGCAUUUUGGAACAUCUUACAGAUGCAGCAGCACAGACAAUUUUACUCUUUCCCAGAAGGGACGCAAGGUGCAUCUUCUUGACUUAAAUUUGCAGAAAGGUGGCUAUAAAAACCUUUAACUGUGCUCCCCUAGGUAGAGUGCUAGAACAGGUUGGACAAACACUGAUACAGCUAGGAUAGCUGGGAGACUUAUAUGGUUCCACUUUUAUAUGUCCUCAUGAAUACUAAUAACUGCAAAAUGGGGUGAUUGCAGUUUGGAAAAGAUGCAGAAUUGGGUUAAAUUUCCUCCAGUUACAAUACUGUGGUGUAAACCUGAUCAGUAGAUAGGUUUUAACAUGCAGCACCUGUUCAGGCCCAGCAGGUGGUGCUCUUGUAAUAUAGGAAUGAGAGCCGCUUGUCCCUGAUUGUAAAGUGCAGUUUUCUGCCCUCCCUCUCCAGCUUAUUUGCCCAGGUGUGUCCUGAAUCUGUGGACAUUGGGUUUCUGUAAUGAUUGGGACUGAGGAAGCUGUUCUGGCCCUUCUCAUCUCUACAGUCCAGAACCACAGAGUGUAUCAGCUUGUUCUGGUUCCUUGCUGUUUUUGCUUGUCUUGCUUCUGUACUGUGACCUCCGCAACCCUCCUGGAUGACUCCCCAUAGUAAGCGCAGGGUUGUUACAGUAGAAAGAAUAUUUGCCUUCCCCUGGCAUAUUCUCCAUGCUCUCAGUUGCAUGAUAAAGCUGUCAUAGCCAGAAGCACAGAGAACUUGCUGCCUUCACAGACUGCAAGAGGGGAAGCUGUAAAAGGCCUUUGGGAAUGGCUGUGCUUGUUCCUUGGUUAGUCUUUUAGGUAUCUCUGUCUAUCCCACAGAAACGCAAAUGAGCAGAAGAAACUGUAUGUUUUUUUGUGAAUAGUAGUAUGAAAAGUGGACUUCUGAUUGCAAAUUCAAUUCCUUCUCUGUUUCCUUUGCCCUAAAAAUCAUAAAAACUACAUUUAGAAAAACUAUGCAUCUGGAUCCUCCAUAGUAUGCUCAGAAAUAAGCCUAUUGAAUACUGUAGAACUUAUCUUCAUAUGUAAAUGUGCAAAGGACCACAGCUUAUUUUUGUGAUUAAUAAAAUAAUGCAAUUAAAA